AUGUCUGCCGGGAGCCGGCCUCCUUUGGCCAUGAGAGACUCAGACGCUGGCCGAGGCGCCCAGUCUGCCUUUGCGGCCACAGCCUCUGCCUCCUUUGGCCGCAGCAAAAGGCCGACCUCCAUGCGCUCAACGUGGGCACAGACCGCAGCUGGACCACACCCGGCCACGCCAACGCCUCUGCGCCGUCCCUCCUCGACGCCUGCGCAUCGGCCCACACAGCGGCCCAUGACGCGGUCGAUGGAGAAGCAGCCGCUGCAGUACUGGAACCAGCAGGCCAAGAAUUACGAUGACAACAUCUUUUCCACGAUCGAUGAGGAUAGGACUGGCAUCAUCUCUGAGACCAUUGAGGGUUGUGCUCGCAGCCUCGAGGGCAAAGAGGGGCCCGGCCGUUGCGUAGACCUGGGCUGCGGUGCGGGGAAGUAUCUGCACAAGUUGGCCAAGCACUUCCACCAGGUGGUGGCUUAUGACUUGAGCCCUAAGCUGGUUGCCCUGGCCCAGAAAGAGGUGAAGAACCGCCACAUCUCCAACGUGCAUGUCUCUGUGCGGGACCUGGCCCAGGUGUGGUAUCGCUUGGAGCCGGCAUCACAGUUCGGCCACCUUAAGGAGAUGGAGUCCUACAGCUUCGCAGUUCUGGCGAAUGUCCUCAUUGCGCCUGGCGACCCAAGCCUCCAUCAGCGGAUGCUGCUGAAUGCUUAUCGCUCGGUGUGCCCCGGCGGCCGCGUACUCUGCAUUGUCCCGGCGUGGGAGAGCGCUAUGUAUGUGAAUAUGCGCUGCGAUGAGGAGAAGUACGAAGGCCCCUACACCGUGGGCGUAGGCGGCUCCAAGCCCACACGCACGGAGGGCGCUGAUCUGCUGAGGGGCAUUCUCCGGAGGUCCGGCGUCCGCACUAAGCAUUACCUGGAGCCUGAGUUUCGGCACAUGGCCGGAAAGGUUGGUCUUCAGGUGGAGAUGUGCAAGCGCGUGGAGUAUAGCUGGAGAUCGGAGCUGGGCCUGUCCUCCGAGUGCCAGGUUCCGCCCAGGCUGAAGGACUCGCCUUUGCCGUGGGACUGGCUCUUCCUGCUUCAACGUCCAGUGGGAGAGGAGAAUGGCAGGCCAAGGCCAGGCCCAAACCCGGCGCUUGCGCAGUCGGACUCUGAGACGCGGCUGCCAACGCUCUUCCAGCCCAAGGCACUGGUUUCCCGCGGGGGCGAUUCCUCGCAAGAGCUCUCGGCCGCUAGCCCGAACUUCGAUUGCUGA